GUUUUAUUUUUUGUUAAAUAAUUUGAAGUGUGCAAACAUUUGUUCGAUAACCGAUACUUUAUAGAAGCAUUUCUUCUCUGAGGGCUGCAGCGACGACAAAUACGUGUUUUGACAAAAGAGCCGGUUGUAUUUUGCGCGUUUAUAAUUUAUUGUUUUAUAGUGAAAAUAAACAGCAUUAUAUUUUUAUGAUCGUAUGCAUUAUAUGUGCGUCAGUAACUGCUGCCUUUCAUAUAAACAACCAUUCCGGCACCGCGCAUGACGCUUGCUGUGUAGCCCUGGUUUUCACUACAGAAGGAGAAGAAAAGUACUGCGAAAAAGUUUGUUUAAAACAUACAAAUUGGUCACAACGUUUAACCGUUGUUAGCCAAACUGCAAAUAAGUUCUCAGCAUACAUGUGCUUCAGUUGUACCGGAUGAGACUAUUCUUCAUCAAACGCAUGAACUGAAAUCAAAGUUCUGCCUGUCUGGACAAAAAACGUAGCCUUUUUCAUUCGAUUUGCGCUCUCCAUUACCCACGCUGCUUCUGCGGAAUCGUAAGUUGCAACGCUUUCCAGAAACACGAACUACGCCUACACUGAGCCCUGAGACGACAGACAGCGCAACAACAGAGACCCGCAACCUCAUCCUUGUUUUGGCCGACGGAUCAAGCUAAAAGCGAUCAAAAUUAACGCGGACGCAGUUAGUACUGCUGGUUCUGCUGAGAGACGCAGACGUGAACGCUGCUUCUAUUACAAAGCAAUGGCGAUGUUAAGUUCCGAUGAGGCGAGCAAACUGCUUGACUUUAACCAAAAGCUGGACAUAAGUCUGCUGGAUAAGAUUGUGGAGGCGCUCUAUUCAUCACAGGGUGAACAGCUGCGUCUGGCGCAGGACAUACUCACCACACUGAAGGAGCAUCCAGAGGCAUGGACGCGUGUCGAUAGCAUACUCGAAUAUUCACAGAAUCAGCAAACGAAGUUCUAUGCACUUCAAAUACUCGAGGAGGUCAUUAAGACACGUUGGAAGGUGCUGCCGCGCACUCAGUGCGAGGGCAUCAAAAAGUAUGUGGUGAGCCUAAUCAUCAAAACAUCCUCGGAUCCGGCCAUUAUGGAGCAGAACAAAGUGUACUUGAACAAGCUGAAUAUGAUACUGGUGCAGAUACUGAAGCGCGAGUGGCCACGCAACUGGGAGACCUUCAUUAGCGACAUUGUGGGCGCCUCGAAGACAAACGAAAGUCUGUGCAUGAACAAUAUGGUCAUCUUGAAGAAUCUGAGCGAGGAGGUAUUUGAUUUCUCCCAAGGCCAGAUAACGCAAACAAAGUCCAAGCAUCUGAAGGAUACAAUGUGCUCGGAGUUCUCGCAAAUCUUCACGCUCUGCUCAUUUGUGUUGGAGAACUCGAUGAAUGCAGCGCUCAUACAGGUUACACUAGAGACGUUGCUGCGUUUCCUCAACUGGAUUCCGCUGGGCUACAUAUUCGAGACAACGCUGAUUGAAACGUUGAUCUUCAAGUUUCUGAGUGUGCCCAUGUUUCGCAAUGUAACACUGAAGUGCCUAUCCGAAAUCGCUGGUCUGACGGCGGCCAAUUACAAUGAGAACUUUGCAACGUUAUUCAAGGAUACGAUGGUGCAGCUGGAUCAGAUCAUUGGGCAGAACAUGAACAUGAAUCAGAUUUUUCUAUGCGGCAACGACACGGAACAGGAACUGGUGCUCAAUUUGGCCAUCUUUCUGUGUACCUUCCUCAAGGAGCAUGGCAAGCUUGUGGAGGACAGCAAAUAUGUGGAUUAUCUGAAUCAGGCGCUCAUGUAUUUGGUCAUGAUAAGCGAAGUUGAAGAUGUUGAAGUGUUUAAAAUCUGUCUGGAGUACUGGAACAGCCUUGUCGAAAAUCUGUACAAUACGGAAUUCUUUCAUCCCACGCUGGAGUCAUCGAAGCGACAGCAAACAUAUCCGCGACGCCGUUUCUAUGCGCCCAUACUGUCUAAGGUGCGAUUCAUAAUGAUAUCGCGCAUGGCCAAGCCCGAGGAGGUGCUGGUUGUGGAGAACGAGAAUGGUGAAGUGGUGCGCGAAUUUAUGAAGGAUACUAAUUCAAUUAAUUUGUACAAAAAUAUGCGAGAGACUUUAGUAUUCCUUACUCAUUUGGAUUGCGUAGACACGGAUCGCAUAAUGACGCUCAAGCUUAUGAAUCAGGUCAAUGGCACCGAAUUCUCCUGGAAGAAUCUGAACACUCUGUGUUGGGCCAUUGGCUCAAUAUCAGGUGCCUUUUGUGAGGAGGAUGAGAAGCGUUUCUUGGUCACUGUGAUUAAGGAUCUGCUGGGACUGUGUGAGCAGAAGAAGGGCAAGGACAACAAGGCGAUUAUUGCCUCCAAUAUUAUGUAUGUGGUGGGACAGUAUCCGCGUUUUUUGCGCGCACAUUGGAAAUUCCUAAAAACGGUGGUGAACAAACUGUUUGAAUUUAUGCAUGAGACACAUGACGGUGUCCAGGACAUGGCCUGCGACACAUUCAUCAAAAUAGCAAUCAAAUGCCGGCGUUACUUUGUCACAAUUCAACCAAACGAAGCGUGUACAUUCAUCGACGAAAUUCUGAGCACAAUGAGCACCAUCAUAUGUGAUCUGCAGCCGCAGCAAGUGCACACGUUCUAUGAGGCGGUGGGUUAUAUGAUCUCCGCGCAAGUCGAUCAAGUGCAGCAGGAUGCGCUUAUUGAGCGCUACAUGCUGCUGCCCAAUCAAGUUUGGGAUGAGAUUAUAGCACGUGCAUCGACGAAUGUUGAUUUCCUUAAGAACAUGACAGCCGUUAAGCAACUGGGCAGCAUACUGAAGACAAACGUGGCCGCGUGUAAAGCGCUGGGCCAUGCGUAUGUCAUACAACUGGGACGCAUCUAUUUGGACAUGCUGAAUGUGUACAAGAUUACAUCGGAGAACAUCAUACAGGCCAUUGAAGUGAAUGGCGUCAAUGUGAACAAUCAGCCGCUAAUUAAAUCGAUGCAUGUGGUCAAAAAGGAGACGCUCAACUUGAUAGCCGAGUGGGUGAUGCGUUCCAAUGAGAACAAGCUAGUGAUGGAUAACUUUAUACCGCCCUUAUUGGAUGCUAUAUUGCUAGACUAUCAGCGGUGUAAGGUACCAUCCGCACGUGAACCCAAAGUGCUUAGCGCGAUGGCAAUUAUUGUGAACAAACUGCGUCAGCAUAUCACAAAUGAAGUACCAAAAAUAUUAGAUGCUGUUUUUGAAUGCACGCUGGACAUGAUCAAUAAGAAUUUCGAGGACUUUCCGCAACACCGCCUUAGCUUCUAUGAAUUACUACAGGCGGUCAAUGCGCAUUGUUUUAAGGCCUUCCUCAAUAUACCACCGGCACAAUUUAAACUUGUAUUUGACUCAGUGGUGUGGGCCUUUAAGCACACAAUGCGCAACGUUGCAGACAUGGGCUUGAAUAUCUUAUUUAAGAUGCUGCAAAAUCUUGAACAACAUCCGAAUGCGGCGCAGAGUUUCUAUCAGACAUAUUUCACCGAUAUACUUAUGCAAAUCUUCUCUGUGGUAACAGAUACUUCGCAUACGGCUGGUCUGCCCAAUCAUGCCAUUAUAUUGGCAUAUAUGUUCUCUCUGGUGGAAAAUCAAAAGAUCACAGUGGAUCUGGGCCCCAUACCAGACAAUAUGAUAUUCAUACAGGAAUAUGUUGCCUCAUUACUAAAGUCGGCAUUUAAUCAUUUAUCUGAUAAUCAGAUCAAAGUCUUUGUCAAUGGCCUAUUCAACUUGGACGAGAACGUACCAGCAUUUAAGGAACAUUUGAGAGAUUUCCUUAUACAGAUAAGAGAGGCCACUGGCGAGGAUGAUACCGAUUUAUAUCUGGAAGAGCGUGAAGCUGCAUUAGCCGAGGAGCAGGCAAACAAGCGUCAAAUGCAGCGCAAUAUUCCAGGCAUGUUGAAUCCACACGAGCUGCCAGAGGAUAUGCAGGAUGAAUAG